AUGCCUCGAAAACCAGAGUCCCGGCUGAUCGCCUACCUGAAGCGGGCCUCCAACGUCUCGCCCUUCUUCCACAAGUGGUUCAGCGCCAUCCUCUACGCCGUCUGCAGCACCCUCAUCAUGCUCAUCAACAAGAUCGUCCUCACCUCCUACGGAUUUCCCUCCUUCAAGAUCCUCGCCCUGGGACAGAUGCUGGCCACGGUAGUCCUCCUCCACCUGGCCCGCGCCACCGGCAUCGUCACCUUUCCCCGCUUCAGCUUCACCGUCGUUCGAAAUAUCUUCCCCAUUCCCCUGCUCUACGCCGGCAACCUCCUCUCCGGCCUGGGCAGCACCAAGCGGCUCAAUCUGCCGAUGUACACCGUCCUCCGCCGGGUGGCCAUUCUCUUCACCAUGAUCGCCGAGUACUACCUGCUCAGCAUCAGCCAGACGGCCACCGUCCAGGCGACGGUGUACAUGAUGGUGGGCGGGGCGGUGGUGGCGGCCUUCGACGACCUCGCCUUCGACCUGCUGGGCUACCUAUACGUCCUCCUCAACGAUCUCUUCACCGCUUCCUACAGCGUCUACAUCAAGAAGAAGCUUGACGCCAAUGAUCUCAGCAAGUACGGCCUGCUCUACUACAACGCCCUCUUUAUGCUGGUACCGAUUCUGGCGAUAUCGCUGGCGGUGGACGACUGGUACGCCUGCUUCGUCACCUUCGAGCACUGGGCCUCGCCCGGUUUCGUCAUCUCCUUCACCCUCUCCUGCGUCAUGGGCUUCGUGCUGAUGUACGCGACGGUCCUCUGCACGGAGCACAACUCCGCCCUGACCACCGCCAUCGUCGGCUGCCUCCGCUCCAUACUGGUCACCUACCUGGGCAUGUUCAUCGGCGGCGACUACAUCUUCAGCGCCAUCAACUUCGCCGGCGUCAGCAUCAGCGUCCUCGGCAGUCUCAUCUACACCUACGUCACCUUCAUUCAGAAGCACAUCGGCGGCGGAAAGAGGGGCAAGGACGACGCCAGGGAGAAGGUGUCUGAGGAGGAGGCGAAAGAGGCGAAAGAGACAGAAAAGACCGCCGAAGAUCAGGAUCAAGAAUCUCAAAGUCAACAACAACAGGUUCCAGAGAUCAAGGUCAAGCAAUAA